GUUGGAUAGCGGUUAUGUAGUUACACGAAUGAGUUUGUUAAUAAACAAUUUCUAGGCACUUAAUUUUUAUUGUUAACAAAUGAUCAAAGACACUGAUAAUCUAUUGAAAGGAAACAAGAGUUGCCAUUUUUUAAAAUAGGUAGCAAAGAUAUGUAAGGUUCAUAAUUAUAAAUGAUCUUUGAUUAGAUUUACUCUUAAUAUUCUCCAUUCUUUGUGUAAUUUUGCUGCAUUGUGAACGAAUAGUAUAAAACACAACAAUGAAUUUUGGCGUGGAUUGGGAGGCUGAGCAUCGGCGUGUUUUACUGGAUGGCAACGCAGCGUUGGCACGUUCAGCACAAUCGGUCGCGAGAUCGCAAGCCAUCGCAGCAGAAAAUGAACAAAUUGGGACAGAAGUGGUCUCUGAACUGGGUGAACAGAGAGAACGUCUUUUGCGAGCAAAGCGAAGAUUGUCACAGACGGACGAAGAAUUGAAUAGAACGCGAAAAAUUCUAAAUGCUAUGCGAAUAAAAGUUUUGACAAAUAAAGCUGUCCUUAUUAUGAUCAUAUUGCUGGAACUGAUUAUUCUUGGCAUAAUGGUAUAUUUAAAAUUCUUUCACAAAUAAAUUGCCUAUUUUCGCUAAGCUCAAAGUUAAGGCUUAGAAAAGUAAACGUAUUUAAUACAAUAUAAUGUACAUUACCAAUUAAUGUGUAGAGUUAUAAUUACUUUACACAAAAAUUGUUCUGUAUAUUUUAUAGAAUAAACUGCAAAAAAAUAUAUAUAUGUACAUGUAGAUAUUUAAAUGUAAUUUUUUAACAAUAAAAUUUUUGUUUGCAAA